CUUCCAAGCAGGUGCCAGGCAGGUGUCCGAGCAGAGUCCAGCAGAGCCCAGCAGAGCCCAGCCCGACCAUGAGCUCCUUCGAUCCUCCAGGGCCUUCGCCCCCACGCGGCAACCCGCAGUUUCCCAGCGUGAGCCAAGAGCCCCCGGAGAUGAAUGCUUACUACGAAAACGCCUUCCACCCGCAGGGCCUGCCAGCCCCUCAGCGGAACCCCUCCUUCGAGGUGGGCAGUGAGUAUGGGGCCACCACCAACCCGUACGUCUGGUUCAACGGGCAGUCGAUGGCCCCGCAGCCCUACGUGCCGAACCCCAACCCCAGCCCCUACAUGCCGCAGGCUUACGGGGUGCAGAGGCAGAUGCUUCCUGGCAUGCCUGGCGUGGGGGGUGGCGAGGUGGGCUGGAUGCCUGUGCCGUCUCAGGAAGAGCUGAUGAAGCUGGUGCGGCCCCCGUACUCCUACUCGGCGCUCAUCGCCAUGGCCAUUCACGGGGCCCCCGAGAAGCGCCUCACCCUCAGCCAGAUCUACCAGUAUGUGGCCGACAACUUCCCCUUCUACAACAAGAGCAAGGCGGGCUGGCAGAACUCCAUCCGCCACAACCUGUCUCUCAACGACUGCUUCAAGAAGGUGCCCCGCGAUGAGGACGACCCAGGCAAAGGGAACUACUGGACCCUGGACCCCAACUGCGAGAAAAUGUUCGACAACGGGAAUUUCCGCAGGAAGAGGAAGAGGAAGUCGGAUGGGUCCUCCGCCGCGAGCGCCGCCGCGAGCACCUCGACCUCGGAGAAGACCAAGGGCAGUCUCCCAGCGGCGGGCGGUGCCAAGACCGCGGAUGCCCGAGGCGCCCGGAACGCCACCCCGCCGGAUGGCCCCAGACCCGCGAAGCAGCGGGCCGUGGCCCCGCCGAGCACCCCGAGCACCCCGUGCCUCAACAGCUUCUUCUCGUCCAUGACCACCUACGUGAACGCGCCGGGCCCCGCGAGCCGCCCCGCGAGCCGCCCCGUGGUCGCGCCGGGUCCGGGCCCCGAGUCUGCUGACAAGAUGGGACAGAACCUGGUGAAUUUCAACACCUACGCCCCACUCACCAACCUUGGCAGCCAUGUGGGCCCCCUCGCCAACCAGGGGGUGGGGGUUGAGUGGGCCAACCCCAUGCCCGUUAACACUCUGGGCUACGGCUAUGGCUACGGCUAUGGAGGUGCUGUCAUCGGCCAGGUCGGCCCUCAUUUCUAUGACGAUGCCGACGCCAGCAGCAUCUUCUACCCCCCAGAGGUCACCAACCUCUAAGAUGGGGCCCUCCCGAGCCAGAGGGGCACGCUGAGGCCCUCCUGGCCAGCACCCCUGUUGUACAUACCUCGACACUGACCAAAGAGGCACAGGAUGCUCAGAGAUCUCUAUCCUGCUUCUAGAAGGUGAUGUAAACCUUCUGUGUGUCCUGUGUACCUGAGCACACUCCCACCAACUUUGCAAUGGAAAUGCUGGUGCUAGGUUAACAGUAACCGUGGUGGCCAUUUGUUGAAUGCCUACUAUGUGCUGGGGAGCCAUACCAGGCUCUUUGAAGGCAUGGCCACACUUACUAUGUACAGUUACCUUGUGGGGUUCAUAGGAACUUCUUCCUUUAAGAGAUGAGAAAACUGGGGUUUUAGAAAGUUAAGUAACUCUCCCAGGCCAACACCAACUAAGAAGUGGCAGAGCCAGGAGUACCUCCACCGCCUCCUGGCCAUCCCGCAAAACUUACCCCCAGUCCUGGGCACAGCUGGCCCAGGCCCAGGUUAUUCUGUGACCCCACUUCCCUGCAGACACCCCUUUUGCAAGGAGGGAAACUGAAGCUGUGCCCCCACAGGGCAGUGUGUCCAAUCUGUCCCCACAGAGGGGCGUCGCUUACCCAGCUCCGGAGACCUUGAGCAGGGCAGGGACAGGAGUGGUGCACCCCAAGUCCUCCACCUCAGGGUUACCCACCUGCAAAACCCUGUAUAGCGCAGCUUCUUGGGUGUACGUCAUGGGCCGGUGAGCGGGAGGUGGCCGAGUCUUCAGAGAGAAACAGGGAGGAACAGGCCCUUCUGUUUUCAUAGCCCGGGAGAGGCGACUGCUUGGGAGACGGGACCACCACCUGCACCCGCUACCCGGGGGUCUGGGGGGGAUUUUUCUUGCUUUUAUAUGUAUUUUUGCAUGCCUGAGCUCUUAUCAUAAUAUACCUUG